AAAUGGGUAAUGUAGCAAAUAGCGAACGCAACCUAAAAUGAACUGUUCGAUAUUAUCCUGCAUCACGCAUUUUUCAAAAUACCUGUACUUCAUUUUACAACCAGAUUAAAUGUUAAUGGCGGUGUCGUAGUAAUUUCAUAACAAGAAAACUUAUCCUCACUCAAACCCAAAGUGUCCUUAGGACCAUCGGGAGUGAUGUAAAUAUAGUACUGUACAUGUAUAUUGUAGUAAAUUGAAGUUUGAUUAACAACUAUCCCCACAGACGUUUAACAUGUUCUGCAGUGUACACUAACGUUCGGAUUAAACACGGAUCAAGGUCCAGAACUUUGCUUAUCAAUCAGGCUUUAUCAAUCAACAAACCUCGUUGAACGGGUGCAUUAACACAACGAGAAUUUUCGAUCUUAGUAUUGCCGAGAAACAGCGAUACUCCUAAAGUGACAUAAAUGAUGUGGAGAAUUAAUUAGAACUGAAGUCUCAAGAAAUAAAAGUCGUGUGAUGUGUCAUGAUACAAAAUAAUUCGCUUUCAAGUUGCUCAGGUGAUGCUGUAUAUACAAGUUUGAUAGUAUCAGAGAGAAAAACUUUGCAUAGCAUGAAUAGCAACGUGUUUUAAGAGCCCGGGGUUACGAUCCAUGCACAGAAUAGACUAAGCAGUAUAAUUGAAGGACAAAGUAUAGUCAAUUGAUUUUAUGGUCUUCAAUUACAAGUAUGGACAAAACAUCUGAUAAAAACUUGGAAAAGCCUGUCGAUGUAAAGGAUGCUAUUGGAUGUAACAAUACCGACGUUGACAUCACUGAGAGAGUGGGUCCAACAAUAUAUAAGCCUUAUCCCAAAAUAUUCAAGGACGCCGAGGGGAAUACUCUACCUAUACGUGUGAUUGAUGGGUAUAUGUACGCCCCUACUUGGAUACGACCUACACUACACGAAGAUUUAAAACAGUUUCAAACCAGGCCAGAUGAUAUAUGGUUGAUAUCAUAUCCUCGAUCAGGUAAUCACUGGGUGACAAACAUAUGUUGGUUGCUGCUACAUGAACGAAUGAGUGAUAAAUUUGAGGAAGAGCCUUACAUGAUAGACGGCCACAACCUAACUGCAGAAAAGCUUCCAUCUCCAAGAAUAAUGAGAUCUCAUAUGCAUUAUAGCGAUCACUUUCCCCAAGACGUUUUCAGGCAAAAGAACAAAGUGAUCUAUCUCUAUCGGGACGGACGCGACGUAGCAGUUAGCUUAUACAAACAUAUAACUCAGGUUGCUUCAUAUCAAUACUCAGGGACGUGGAAUGGCUUCUUACCAAACUUCCUCGAUGGAAUCUUGCCAUAUGGGUCGUGGUUCAAGCAUGUUGAUGGAUGGAUGAAGAAGUGCCGAGUAAACAGUGAAUUUAUGUUAGCAAUUAGCUAUGAAGACUUUAAGAAGGAUCCAGUCGGAACCAUCGCCAGAAUCUCGUCAUUCCUGGAGCUUCAAAAAACAGAAGCUGAAAUUCGCGAAGUUGCCGAGAAGACGUCAUUUAAAUGUAUGAAGAAACGUGAUGAGUUUUAUCAGCAAUUUGCCAAGGAUCAGGUCGAAGGAACCAUGUACAGGCUAGGUAUCACUGGAGACUGGGCAUCCAUGUUUACCUCAGAGCAAUGUGAACGUUUCAAUCACAAACAUCAAGAGAUCCUUAGCGAUGCCAUUCCUUUGUAG